UCAGGAGCUACCGGUUCAGCUUUCCGUGAUAAUCGCAGAGAUGACAUCGUUCGAAUUAAGAUUGUCUAUCUUGGAAUUAAAUAGCCAUCAUGUUCAGAGCAACAGGAAAUAUAACAAAAUCAUUCAACAGGGCCUCAUUUAGGCGGAUAAGCACUGCUAGUAGAUCACCUUCGAUUCGCUAUGGAUUGAUCUGCAGCGCCGGUUUGGCGUUCACGGUGGCAGUGACGACGUCGAAGCUGUCGCUGGAAAGCCAGCAAGUCCCAGAAGAGGCGCUCUCUGAAGCCAAUCCAGCGAAAGCGCGCUAUGUGGCAUUUGACGAGGUGCAGAAGCACACGACCCCCGAAUCUUGUUGGGUUAUCAUUGAGGGGCAAGUUUAUGACGUGACUGAUUUCCUAGAGGCACAUCCAGGAGGUGCGAAAGUAAUCCUCAGGAACUCUGGUAAGGACGCUACAACGCUUUAUGCGCCAAUACAUCCAAAGGGCACAAUUGAAAAUAACCUCCCACCGGAAUGCCACUUGGGCGCUGUCGAUCCUACCACUCUGCCGGACAUACAGGAGGAGGAGAGCGACGAGCAGCGCAGGGUACGCACAGCAAGAGAAAACAUACCACCGCUAGGUGCGAUGGUAUCUCUCGAGGAUUUCGAGAAGCUGGCGACCGAUAUCCUUCCAAACACCGCCUAUGCAUACUACUCGAGUGCUGGUGACGACGAAGACACCUUGCGGGAAAACAUCAAUGCGUGGAAGAAAUACUGGUUCAGACCACGGGUUCUUAACGACAUCACCAAGAUCGACCUCAGCACCACAAUCAUGGGUAUCAAGAGCGCGCUGCCAAUUUUCAUAAGCCCCGCGGCGAUGGCUAGACUUGGACAUCCACUCGGUGAAAUAAACCUCACAAAAGGUGCUGCCCAGACUGGAAUCAUCCAGGGCAUAUCGAGCAACGCGAGCUGCACAUUAGAGGAGAUGUGCGAAGCGAGGGAUGCUGGCCAACCACUUAUUUUCCAACUCUAUCUUAAUUGGGAUAGAAAGAAGAGUGAGGAGAUUGUACGCAAGGUUGAAGAGCUCAAAAUAAACGGAAUUAUGUUUACAGUGGAUGCACCAGUUCCUGGUAAGCGCGAGAGGGAUCUGCGCGCGAAGGGAGACUUUGAUGAUGAUGAGGGGGGCACAAAGGGUGUCGCACAGGCUAUUAGUGGAUAUCAAGCCGCCGAUCUGUCCUGGAAAGAUGUCGAUUGGUUGAAGUCGAUAACUGAUCUGCCACUGAUCAUCAAAGGUGUGCAGUCAGUAGAGGAUGCCAAGCUCGCGGCUGAGUCUGGUGUGAAGGGUAUUGUGUUGUCCAACCAUGGUGGCAGGCAGCUGAAUUUCGCACCUGCAUCGAUCGACGUUUUGAGAGAAAUACGCGAAGAGGCACCGGAAGUGUUCGAAAAGCUAGAAGUCUACGUGGAUGGAGGUGUAAGACGCGGUACUGAUGUCCUGAAGGCGCUUUGUUUGGGUGCUACGGCUGUAGGAUUAGGUAGGCCAUUCUUGUAUGCCCAAAGCGCGUAUGGAGAGCAAGGAGUAGUGAGAGCAGUACAGAUUUUAGAAGAAGAAUUGGCUACCGGAUUAAGAUUGUUAGGCGUGACGGAUGUCAGCCAAUUAAACCCAUCAAUGCUUAGAUACAUAGAUCAGAGAAUAAAAACAUAGAAUUUGUACUUCAGAAUUUAAUUCGAUAUUUCGUU